AUUCCCGCUGCCCCCGCUCACAUCUCCUCCCACCCUUCGUCUUUAGGGCUCGCCCUCGUCUGGUGUGGCUGGCCUCAGCCCCUCCCAAGCCUCCCAAGUAGACGCGUCGUCCGCCGCUGUUUCUCCCAACCCAAGAGGGCUCAACAAACGGCGCCCGCCCUCUGCGGGACACCUGGCGUCUGCCUGUCAGCCGCAGAGCGCACGAGCCUCUUCUUCCUUACAAGAAACCUCUAUCAGGUCAGCACAUAUUCUACUUUAUGACGUGUUGUGUGAUGUGUGGCUCGUGUGUGCCGGCGCGAGGAAUUCCGUAUACGAGUGCAUCGUCUCGUGACGCCCAUUUGAUGGCCUCCUACAGCGUGCUAUGCCCUUGUGCCGUGCGGCUCGUGCGAGAAGAAUUCGUGGCCUAUUUUGUCAUCACCCCGCCCCUUUCUCGACAGAGUCCUCAUUCAGCCCAACUGAUGUGGUAAGUAACAUGAAUCAGCCGGGCUUCACGCGUGAUGAACAAGGGGGUCCCGGCUGUGCAUGGAUGAUCUUCUCCUCUUUUUCUUUGCAGUACGUUGCGUCCAACCCCCAGAGUGCGCUGGCGCUGCAGAAGGUCGUGGCCAACCCCACCCUACCGCCUGUGCAGGUGAGAGACUGACGGAUGCAUGGGUACAGCACCACACAGAUCUCCAUGGGUCUUUGUGUCGCCCUGUGUGUACCUGCUGGUGCGAUGCGCACGGCACGAGCGGCGGGAUGUGGACGAAUGCGGCGACACCCGGCACGCACCAGCCGUUCGCCUACUCAGACAUGCAGGUGAGGGGGUGAGGAUCACGGUAAAUUGACGAGAGCGACAUAUGCCUUGCCUGUCGGCGGGGAGAGGCCACCCUCUGUCUGUCGGGCGAUCGAUGUGUCAUUUCAGGGGGCUCACGGCACGGCUGGCGGGGGCGGCGGAGGCAGCGUCGGACACACAUACGUAUCGCAGCAAAGCAGCAAGGUAAGCACCCGCCAAACACAUGUCACACCCACACACCCACGCACGAAUGCCGUCUUUGUCCUGUGUGCAUGUGUGUAUAGGUAGCGGGUGUUGGAUUCGGUGUUGGUUCCAGUGCCGGUGUUGGAUUCGGUGCUGGCACUGAGGUAAGAGUUCCACCUCCCACCCACACCACCACACGCCAGCCACCAUGUGUCAUUCUGUGUGUGAGGUGUCUCCAGGUGCGCGUGCAGACUCCGCAGUGUGUGUUCCCGCCGCUGCCCGUGGUCAGCCCCCCAUCGGUGGACGGCAGCCUCCACGCCAAGACCAAUGAUGAGAUCACCGCAGACGUCCGCGGCCGGGUGAGGCUUACACCACACCUUACAAGCCAUCCGACACAAAGCAAAGCGGCAUGUGUGCAGGUCGAAUGGAUCGCCCCCGGUGCGUCGUCGUCGAGUAUGUCAUCGUCCCAAACACCGGGACCCAUAGUCCAAGGUGAGAAUGCCACUCACACACACACACAUACACCCCUUACCGUGUUUUGGUUUGUUUGACACAGCUGAGAGUGCGCCACACCAGUGCCGCAUGUGGUGCUACUGAAGCUUAGCCACAUUGCGCCGACCCAUGUGCUCGAGAAGAAGGUCGAUGAAGACGACACAGAAAUGUCUACUCUGGACGGCGUGCAGUACAAGAAUGUGGGAGGCAAGGAGUACGUGCCGCCCGACGGCUACUUCUCCUGAGCAUACACAUACAAAGACAGACAUACACGCACAUAUACACACCACGUCUGUGAGACACAGAUAGAAAUGCGUUCACACAUGGAUAUCGGGCGACUGCGUGAGGGGGUAGUUGUGUUCUUGUCAGGGGGCAUGUGCGGCUGUGUUGUUGUCUGCAUAGGCUGGUGUGCCGUCCGUGAGCUUUUCCCCUGAACACUCCCCUCUCUCCUUUUCCUUUUCUGACCCCAUCCCCCCCUCCCCUACCCUGCCGGCCACCGAAUUUUCAAAGAAACUGAAUGCACGGCCCCCUGCCUUGCUGUGUGCGUGUGUUGCAUCCGACACUAAAACCGAAUACGCACACGCACAGGCAUGUACAGCGUUGCAUGGAUGGAUUGGGCCCGUGAGGGCGAAGGGGGGUGAGGGCAGAGGGGUGUGUCGCUACCGCACUGCAUGCGCGUGUGUGGUUGAAAGACAGAUGUCAGUGCCUGCCGUCGGUCUCGCUAUCUCGCUUCCUUUCUCUCCACCGGUUCUUCCAUACCAUACCAUCCAUGUGUGUGACCGUCCGAGUGUAUGUGUGUUGUGUGUGUCCCGCUUGUGCUGAGGAGCGAGCCGUGCUGAUGCCACUGCUGGCCAUCCAUCCCGAUCCCAAGCCAGCGACGUCAUG